AUGUGGACUCAACAAUUAUCUCUUCAGAAGCCAAAUGCGCAACAAACACCGGAGGAAAAACGUAAGCAGGCACUAGUGACGGCGAAUGUGUUUAUCGAAAACAAUCGCGGUCUGGUACGAAAGGCAAUGGAUCAAUAUCAAAGCGUGGCUGGUAGCAAUUACUGGACGUACGGCUACAUGGGCGGAGCCAUGGUAACAACUAUGGCUGCUUGUCUCUCUAUUGGGGGUCGAGUGCCUUUUUUUCGCAAUUAUGCGAGCUGGAUAUCAUUAGCUGGUGGUUACUUUGGUGGCAAGGCAAUGCUAGGGAUGCACAAUUCUUAUAAUUUGGCUUCUGUUGUGAAUGUCAUCAACAAAUCGAUUGAUGAGACGAGGAAAAUGGAUGAGCAGCACGGAUUCAGCAUCCCUGAAUAUGCUCGGGAAGUGGAUUCACUGAAACGGAUGAAAUAUGAACUAAUACCAUACAGCACAGAGGCCAUUGAGGCACGAAAGCAUGAUGUGAAAAACAUGUCACUUAACGAGAGUGCAGAUGCACUUGUUGAGGCAUACGAGAAACGAAAACAGGCAUCUGCUCAGAGGAAGUGA